ACAAUAUUCUUUGAGUCGCAAUGAGUCAUUUCUUUAUGGAAGGAUUUUUUAAAGUGGUGGGCAGACAUACAAUAGACACUAACCACACAGUGCAGUUACAUGUAAUAUAACUUAAAUACGGCGUUGAUGAUUAAAUUUCCGUUUUAAUUCUCAAAGUAUAUAUCAGUCACAGAGAGUCAUACUCACCUACAGGUCAAAAUGACAUUGAACAAUGCUAGAUAUAUACAACUAAGAUAUAUCUAUACAAACAGAAACCUUAUUCAAAUAUUUAACUACUUUUGAUAACCUGUUCACUGUUCCAUUUUUGUUUUAAAGUAAUAACAACUAAGAUAAGCGCUAAUCUUACCUAUACAUCGGGUCGACUUUAAGAAGUACAAAUCAAAUACCUUGAAUAUCUGUACCUUAAAGAUUGGAUGAAUAAAAGACAUCGAAACGAUUUUCAAAUUAUAUAGGAAAAGUCAAACAGCGAUAUGACUCUAAGAUUACAACCGGUAUUGGAAGUAUUUUUGUUGUGGUUCAUCAGAUCACAUACAGUUACUGGUGAUGUAUGUCCAACUGGCGACUAUGUUUUGGUACGACACAAUGAUCACAUUAAUGACAGAGAUAGGCAGAUUCGUCCGAAUUGCCAGAACUUACCUCUGGGGAUACUGACAGAGCACCUUCUUCAUUCCCCAGAGCAAUGUUUCAACCUCGCCUGUAAGGUCAACGCCAAUGUCAUAUAUUACGAUCCAAAGAUCGAGUGUGCGGCGUAUCAAUGUGAAGCGGAUCCUAACAGAUUAGACUGGACGUACAAUUGGACAAGUGAAUCAGCAAGCUAUUCAGGGAAGACAUUUGCGCGACCACACGAAAGUGUACAAUCUUGCCACAAUUCAUACUUUAUGCAGAGAACAUGGAACAGCAAUGUCCAGGCGACGUGUUUCAUUAUUUCAAAUGAUACUGCUGUCGAUAACUUAGGAAAAUGCGCGGAAAGGUCGUGCGAGGACAAAGCGAAUGCUUUCAAUUUCAUCGUCCAAUCUAAAACUAUGUUUUGUGAAACACUGCAUUGUAAGUGGAAUGUCACAGUCAACGAUUAUUCGUUUAAUCUAAGGCCAAACAUAAAUGGUAAUUCAGAGGUGCAUAGUCUUUCUCAUACAAUAAAACCUUGUAUGAACUUACUCCAGACUGAUUCAGUUAAUUUUUCAGUACUUAUACCUAAUGAUCAGCAGUGUGGAUUUCCGGGACACUUUAAGCGGAACCUGUCACACUCAACAGACAAGGAAAUAUCGAAUUUCUUCUGCGAAUCGGGAUCAAAUACUUUUAUACAUGUAAGCCACAAAGAUCUUGAUGACAAAUACCUUGCCUAUAAGUGUAGUAGCAACCAUGAAGGAACAUCUUGGGAUUUCUUUGCGGACAAUGCACGGUACGGCGACAACGUGACUUCGGAAUGGUGGAUUGCUCCUUAUCCCGGUACCCCAAACUGUCAAUCUGAUAUUUUUAAGCUGAUGCGAAUGAAGGCAUCUCAUCAGAUGUCUAAUUGUGACCCACGUGGGUCCAUGAAGGUCUUAUCUGCCAGAGAUUUACGACAAUGUAUGCUGUAUGCAUGUGAGAAGGGGUACAAUGUCAUCAACUUUUUCAGUAACGACGACUUUGUUGAUUGUGAGCUGAGAAAUUGUGGCAAAUAUAAGGGUGGUGACUAUGCGUUUCAAUAUAGUGCAACUGGUGGAACAUAUGGAUAUGAUGUCUAUGCAUUACAUCCAGACUAUAGCAUCCGCAAUAUCACUGAUAAUCCAACAACAAUUGCUCCUGCUCUAGCAAUGAAUCAAACAUGUAAUGCACUAUGUAUUGUAUUUGCUGUUUUGUUUUUUGGAAUAACCAUAAUUUCCAUAAUCGUGGCUGGAUUGUAUUUAUGGAAAAGAAAGGCUGAAAAGAACAACAACAAUAAACAGGGGGAAUCUUAUGAAAUGGUUCCCCAAAAUUAA